AUGGCGGGCACAGCGGCACGGGGGCACCUCCUGCACCCGCUGCUUUUCCAGGUGGGACUUGGGGUCUGGCAGGGCUGGGAGCGAGGCUGGGUGGGUUGGGUGUGCUGGGCCAGGCUGAGGAGCAGUGCUGGUCCCCUGGGAUCCCCCACUGACCGUGCCCCUCCCCAGCUCUGCUGCGGUUGUCAUGGGCUCCGCGUGUCCACGAGCACACGUAUCCUCUACACGCUCCUGCAUGUCCUGGCCUCUGCUGUGUGCUGCCUCAUGCUGUCCCGCACUGUGGCCCAGGCUAUCACGGAGAAGGUGCCCUUCUCAGUGGUGCUGUGCCAACACCUGCCCGGGGGCACGGACUGCGAGCAGCUGGUGGGCUCCUCGGCCGUGUACCGGGUCUGUUUUGGCACUGCCUGCUUCCACCUGGCACAGGCUGCCCUGCUGCUCAACGUGCGCUCCAGCUCUGACUGCCGUGCGCAGCUCCACAAUGGGUUCUGGCUCCUGAAACUGCUGGUGCUGGUGGGCCUCUGGGCCGCAAGCUUCUUCAUCCCUGAGGACAACUUCAUCCAAGGUGUGUCCCCCACCCUAUCCGAGCUGGCACCCUGGGCACCCCUUUUGGCCCCCACUUGCCCUGUGCCAUCUCUACCUCUGUCCUCUUCCCCCAGCCUGGCACUACACAGGUGUCUGCGGUGGCUUCGCCUUCAUCCUCAUCCAGCUGGUGCUGAUCACAGCCUUUGCACACACCUGGAACAAGAACUGGCUGACAGGCGCUGCACAGGACAAGCGCUGGUAUCUGGCCGUGCUGCUGGCCACGGCCACCUUCUACACCCUUGCCUCUGCCGCCUUCGCCUUCCUCUACAAGUUCUACACCCACCCAGCCGCCUGCCACCUCAACAAAGCACUGCUUGCCAUCAAUGGCAGCCUCUGUGGCAUCAUGUCUUUCAUCUCCAUCACACCGUGUGUGCGGCUCAAGCAGCCGCGCUCAGGGCUGCUGCAGUCCUCAAUCAUCAGCUGCUAUGUGAUGUACCUCACCUUCUCCGCACUGUCCAGCCGCCCUCCAGAGAGAGGUGGGUGUCCCUGUCCACCACCAGCAGUCCCCGCCGCGAUGCAUGCCCUUCUCACCUCCACCUCCCUGCAGUGCUGUACCAGGGGCAGAACCUCACUGUCUGCUUCCCGGGGGUCCGGCAGGAUGAGCUGCAGACAGAGGACACCACCGUGGCCGUGCUGGGCGCUGCCAUCAUGUACGCCUGCGUGCUCUUCGCAUGCAAUGAAGCCUCGUACCUCGCUGAGGUCUUUGGGCCCCUCUGGAUGGUCAAAGUCUACAGCUUUGAGUUUAAAAAACCUUCCUGUUGUUUCUGCUGCCCUGAGAAGAUGGAGGAGGAGCUGAGAGGCACCGACCAGACGUGUGAGCAAGUAGAGGAGAGUGCCAGGGGACAGUUCAUCAUCCAGGAUGAGCAGGACCGGGUGGUUUACAGCUAUUCAGCUUUCCACUUUGUCUUCUUCCUUGCCUCGCUCUAUGUUAUGAUGACACUCACCAACUGGUUCAGCUAUGAGAAUGCAGUGCUGGAGACCACCUUCACACAUGGCAGCUGGUCAGCCUUCUGGGUGAAGGUGUCCUCGUGCUGGGCUUGUGUCCUGCUCUACCUGUGGCUGCUGCUGAGCCCCUUCUGCCUCCAUGGCUCCCCACAGCACCGACACAGCAGUACAGGGCCACGCAUCGUGCGGCGCCGACGUGCUCCACAGCGCAUCAACAUCUCCACAUAGUCCCUGCCAGGACAAACUGCACCCAGGGCUGGUCCCUGCUGUGCCCCGUGCCUGUGCCCUAGUCCUGCCUCCUGGCCUCCCCUGAUGCCCUGUCCCAGGAGACAGCAGCACCUGAGAGCCUGAGGAGAACAUGGGGGGUGGAUGCUCCCAGGGAUACCCAAAAGGCCAGAGCCAGCUGGUGGCAGGUGCUCAGCCUGCAGCCUGGUUGCCCUGGCCUCACUGGGUGCAGUGGGGGAGCAGGGCUCUGCCCUGGCUGUCACUGCCGUGGCGCAUUCACUGUAAAUACCUGCUUCAAUACAUUUUUAUAUA